AUGUCGUCUGACUCUGAGAUGGCCAUCUUUGGGGAGGCGGCUCCUUACCUCCGAAAGUCAGAAAAGGAGAGAAUCGAGGCCCAGAACAAGCCUUUCGAUGCCAAGACAGCUGUCUUUGUGACCCAUCCUAAGGAAUCCUAUGUGAAAAGCACAAUCCAGAGCAAAGAAUCAGGAAAGGUCACUGUCAAGACCGAAGGUGGAGAAACCCUGACCGUGAAGGAUGAUCAGAUCUUCUCCAUGAACCCUCCCAAGUAUGAUAAAAUCGAGGACAUGGCCAUGAUGACCCACCUCCACGAACCCGCUGUGCUGUACAACCUCAAAGAGCGUUACGCAGCCUGGAUGAUCUACACCUACUCGGGUCUCUUCUGCGUCACUGUCAACCCCUACAAGUGGCUGCCGGUGUACAACCCGGAGGUGGUGUUGGCCUACCGAGGCAAGAAGCGCCAGGAGGCCCCUCCACACAUCUUCUCCAUCUCUGACAAUGCCUAUCAGUUCAUGCUGACUGUACAGGUCCUGCUCUGCUUAUCUCCUGCCAGGAAGAAGCUGGCACAGCGCCUGCAGGAUGCAGAGGAACACGUUGAGGCUGUGAAUGCCAAAUGUGCCUCCCUGGAAAAGACCAAGCAGAGGCUGCAGAAUGAAGUGGAGGACCUGAUGAUCGACGUGGAGAGAUCUAAUGCUGCCUGCGCAGCUCUGGAUAAGAAGCAGAAGAACUUUGACAAGAUCCUGGCAGAAUGGAAGCAGAAGUAUGAGGAAACGCAGGCUGAGCUGGAAGCCUCCCAGAAGGAGUCUCGCUCUCUCAGCACGGAGCUCUUUAAGAUGAAGAAUGCCUAUGAGGAGUCCUUGGACCACCUGGAAACGCUGAAGCGGGAGAACAAGAACUUGCAGCAGGAGAUUUCCGACCUCACGGAGCAGAUUGCAGAGGGAGGAAAGGCGAUUCAUGAGCUGGAGAAAAUCAAGAAGCAGAUUGAGCAGGAGAAAUCUGAACUGCAAGCCUCCCUGGAGGAAGCUGAGGCCUCCCUAGAACAUGAAGAGGGCAAGAUCCUGCGUCUCCAGCUUGAGCUCAAUCAGGUGAAAUCUGAGAUUGACAGGAAGAUUGCAGAGAAAGAUGAGGAGAUUGACCAGAUGAAGAGAAACCACCUCAGAAUCGUGGAGUCCAUGCAGAGCACCCUGGAUGCUGAGAUCAGGAGCAGGAACGAAGCCCUGCGGCUGAAGAAGAAGAUGGAGGGAGACCUGAAUGAAAUGGAGAUCCAGCUGAGCCAUGCCAACCGCGUGGCUGCAGAGGCACAGAAGAACCUGAGAAACACGCAGGCAGUGCUCAAGGAUACCCAGAUACACUUGGACGAUGCUCUCAGGACGCAGGAGGACCUGAAGGAGCAGGUGGCCAUGGUGGAGCGCAGAGCAAACCUGCUGCAGGCUGAAGUUGAGGAGCUACGGGCAGCCCUGGAGCAGACGGAGCGCUCGAGGAAGGUGGCUGAGCAGGAGCUCCUGGAUGCCACUGAACGUGUGCAGCUCCUCCAUACCCAGAACACCAGCUUGAUCAACACCAAGAAGAAGCUGGAAACAGACAUUGUACAAAUUCAGGGUGAAAUGGAGGAGACGAUCCAGGAAGCCCGCAAUGCUGAAGAGAAGGCCAAGAAGGCCAUCACAGAUGCAGCCAUGAUGGCCGAAGAGCUGAAGAAGGAGCAGGACACCAGUGCCCACCUGGAGAGGAUGAAGAAGAACCUGGACCAGACGGUGAAGGACCUGCAGCACCGUCUGGAUGAGGCCGAGCAGUUGGCACUGAAGGGAGGCAAGAAGCAAAUCCAGAAGCUGGAGGCCAGAGUGAGGGAGCUGGAAGCGGAGGUUGACGCUGAGCAGAAGCGCAACGCUGAAGCUGUGAAGGGCGUGCGCAAGUACGAGAGGAGGGUGAAGGAGCUGACCUACCAGUCUGAGGAAGACCGGAAGAAUAUUCUUAGGCUUCAGGAUCUGGUGGACAAACUGCAAAUGAAGGUGAAAUCCUACAAGAGGCAAGCUGAGGAGGCUGAGGAGCUGUCCAAUGUCAACCUCUCCAAAUUCCGCAAGAUCCAGCACGAGCUGGAGGAAGCCGAGGAGCGGGCUGACAUUGCAGAGUCCCAGGUCAACAAGCUCCGUGUGAAAAGCCGGGAGUUUCAUGGCAAGAAGAUAGAAGAGGAGGAGUGAGGAUGUCAUGAGGCAGCGAAGUGACCUGGGGGAUGCACAAAAUGUGAACCUCUCCGUCG